AGCAAGGGAGCGUGGACUUUUUAGCAUGAGACCUGAGUUCUCAGGCCAACCCCGACAUUUGUUGAAUGAUUGUACGCGCUUGAGGUGACCUCUGUUUCUCAGCUUCAUUGUCGGAUUGUUGGGAGGAUUCAAAAUUGUAACAUUUAUGAAGUGCAGGCCGGUCUCUAGUGCAUACUAAGCGCUCACCUCCCCAGGGGUGCCAUUGUACCUAAAAGUUACGCAGUUCCAAUGAGUGGAGCGCUCUCAGUACCUUGAAGUCCUCACAAUCUAUUUGGGAACUCACACUGUAUUUAUAAAGGGUUAAGAGAAGGGAGGUGGGCCACGACGCGGGUAAGUGGUGUGUGGGUGUGUGUGAAGCCUUGGAACCGAAGUGCGUGCUGGCUUCUCACUGCUGUGUACAAUAAGUAGGUGGAAUUAAACAAAGGAAACCUCAGCCCCCUUUUCAUCCAAACAUCUGAACCAGCGUGCAUCACACAGGCGUAGGACUGAGCCUGGAGACAGUGCAGCCAUUUGCAUGGUUGCACCGGGCCAGGGAAGCUGCAAGGGGCCCCGGCCCGCCCCCGCGUCUGUGAGGGGUUGUCAGGCACUCCGGCUCGGGGGCGCUGGAUUUGAGGGCGAUGCACUAGCUUUCUCCCUAAGCAGCUCGGCUUCCCUGCUGGUCGCCCACUCGACUGCCGCGGCCUCUCCAGCCCCGCCCGCGGGACGCUCUGGUGAGUGUCUGGGCCCCGACUGCGGACCCCACGUCUGGGCUAGGGCGGGGGAAACGGCUUCUAUGGAGAGAUCCGUUUGGUGGCGGCCCCUGGGACACUGACUCAUCGUGCCCGGCGCUGGCACCGCCGGAGACUGGCGGGAGAAGGGGCGCCGCGCGCCUUCCUAGCCGAGCUCACACAGGUGCGCGGGAAGGUGUCCGCGCCGCCCUGGGCGCUCGCGCGCAUGCGCAUUCAGAGACCACCAGCGGAGGACUCGGCUUCCCGCGAUUGUGGCGUGAGUCGAAGGUGGCGGGAGAAACACAAAUCCGUAGUGGGUGGGCCUGCGAGGAGGGGAAGGCAGCGGCCUGUCGCCAGAGGAGGCGGAGGAGAAAGGAAGCUGUGAGGGGCCCUGGGUGCGGACGCCCGCCGGAGUCAGAGACUUCUGCCUCGGGGUGGGUGGGCGCGUCUCCCGCCGGCCGCUAGCCCUGCCGAGGUUUUUUCAGAACCCCGGGCUUGCCCGCCCCCUCUUCCUGUGAGGCCGCUCGGUGGUGGUGAUGGUGGUGGUGAAAACAGACCUGAGCCCCAAUCCCAGCUGCGUCGGGACUCCAACUCAGUGUCCUCCUCCUCAAAAUGGGGCUAACAACCCGACUUGGUACAUUGUAGAGAGGAUGAAAUGAAAUAAAGCGAGCACAGGGCCUGCAGAACAAUCAGUGCUCACCACCGUACCGGCGCUGACCGAGGCAGGCUGCGUUUGUGACCCCGUGGCGCUGCGCCUCUUCCGCGCGGAAACCUGCGGCGCAUCUUAAUCCGCCGCGGCGGGAAGCCGCCGGAGGGCAACCGCGCGCGGCCUGGGAAAGGCGGCAGCCGCUGGGUUCGUUUCCCGGCAGCCGGAUUCCGCCCCCCGCCCCCCCCCCCCCCCGGAACCCCAGGUCUCUGCCUCCAGUUUCGCAUCCCUCGCUCCCUGGGCGCGCUCCCCCCACCCCUCUGCAGCCGGAGCUAAAACCUGGAGAAGUGGAGUCGGUCUCAGCAGCGCCGGUCGCCGGGCAUGCUCAGAGGCCCUGCCAGGUUGGAGCCCAAGUAGGAGGCUCUUGCCCAGAACCCAGCGCGUCUCGGAGCCGCGCGCGAGGCGUUCUUGGGCCGGGAGCAGUUUUCCCCGGCCGGCGCGGCGCCCUGGGAUGCUGAAAGAACAAGCAGAGUAUGGUGGAAUGAUAUGGAAACACCUGAUAUCCCAGCAAAGGAAGCCACAAAGGAAGGCUCAUGAUUGAUAAAUGAGGAAGGCCAUUCGAAAGUUUACAAUAAUUGUUUUUCUCUGACACCCAUAUGCAUAUGGCAAGUGAAUUAUGGAUUACCAACUUCCUGCCCAGGUGAUAGGUGUGAGUGCAGACACACUGCAAGAGCUCCAGAUGCCAGGACACAAAGACAAACAUUCUCCAGCUGACCUUUCAUAAAUGUUAAUCGCAAGUGGGAGUAACAAAAUAAAAACUCAAUAGGGUGGCUCUUUAUAAAAAGAAACAGUUAAAAACAAGAUUCUAAAGUUUUGGCUACAGCCUGUCUCAGAUUUGUUGAUUCUAUGAGCAGCAGUGAUAUGUUGGAAUGAAGAGUGAUAAAGUAGGUAAACACUGACUCACAUAAAGAAAGGGCAUGCCCUGGUUUGUUAGAUGUACCUUGAUAACUCGAUUCUGUAGAGAAGGAACUAUAAAUAAAACACCCGCUGAAGCUCCAGGACUUUGCCAUACCUUAAUUAAACCAAUACCCCAGAGGCAUUAAGACUAAUUCCCAAAGACCUUAGCAAAUAGAUAGCCAUAGAAUGUUAGAGUGAUUACGGUUCAAAAGUUCAGUAGAGAGGGCACUGAGAGUUUGACGCAACCCUGUUUGCAGGAGAGGAGAGUGGAAAGGGCAAAAAGCGAUCAGCAAUGUGAGAAGAAAAGGUGUGGAAAUAAAAAGUGAAAUCUAAUCACGUGCCAGGAAAAGCGUGUGAAGCAAGAAACCCAGAGUAACGAUCAACUUGACCAGCCCAAUUCAGGGCGAUUAUUUACUGCUGCUGAGUGAAAAGUGGCUGUGGGGGCAGCAGCCAAGAGAAACUCCUACCAUGGAGAACUCGGUGGCUCCCUGCGUCCUUUACCCAGGUGACAACAAUGUCACUGGGUCCAAGCCCGGAGGCGCCUUUGCCAAUGGACUGUGCGGAGAGACGGGGGGCGAAGGAGAUGCACUCGAGACUUCUGGAGAGAGCAGCCUACAGCAGCCGGACACGGACGAGGAGGACCAGAGCACGAGCAUCAACGGGAAAGAGGGCGCUGAGUCCCUGACGCAAACACCCUGCAGUUUCAGCUCUUCCCUGUGUUUCAGCUCCGGGGACGACUCCCCACCGCAGUCUUGUGCAACCGCAGCUUCCGCGGCAGAGGAGGCAGCAGCCUCUCCGCCUUCCUCCCGCAGAGGAAACCGGGUGGUGAAGAGUCAGUGGGAAAUCAAUAACGCUGGUGCCACGUCCGAAGAGCCCGCGCAGGAGGCGGCGGCGGCGAGGGAGCCGGGGGAGAGCUUAACGCCGCAGCCUCCGCCUGUCACUUAUUGUGUCCAGACUGGAGGCCAGCCCGGGGAAGCGCCGCCGCCGAGUCGCGCGGGGGCGGGGAGCCGGGGCGGCGGCGGCGCCUGCGACAGCCCCAGCGUUGCGCCACCCGGCGGCCCGGCCGCAGAAGAUCCCGACCUGGUGAUCGAGGUGUCCGGCCGCCGCAUCCAGGCGCACAAAGCCGUGCUGGCCGCCAAGAGUGACUACUUCAGGGCGCGUUCGUCGCGGGAGAUCCUGCGCAUCAAGGGGGUGAGCUACGCGGCGCUGCGGCUGCUGGUGGACUACCUGUACUCCGGUCGCAUGGGAGACGUGCGGCAGGACAACGUCGCCGAGGUGGUGGCCGGGGCGCGCUUCCUGCAGAUGCCCUGCGCUGUGCAGUGCGCCAUGGACGCCAUGAGAACGCAGAUCACCCUGGCCAACUGCUACCAGGUGCUGAGCCUGGCCAAGCAACAGCGACUCGGCGAGCUGCGGGAGGCCGCCUACCGCUUCAUGAGCGACCACUACCUCGAGGUGCUGCGCGAGCCGGCCGUGUACGGCCGCCUGACCGGCGCCGAGAGGGACCUUAUCCUGCAGCGCAGACUGCAGGGCGGCCGCGGCUGCCUCCUGGCGGCCGAGAUCAACGAUGUCUUCGAGCGCGUAGGGAGCCGGCCUCAGAGCCGCGAAAGCAGUCGCCCGCAGAGUCCGUCGGCCGCGGCCGCCGCUGCCGCGCAGUCCCCGGGGGAGCAGCCGCCCACACCGCCGCCCCCCGCCCGGGCCCCCUCGGAAGACGAGGAAGGGCACAGCGACUCCGUUAUCUACUACUACCAGGAGGCAGACAAGGAGUGGCGGGUUCUUACUCGGCUGCCCGAGGGCGCCAACGCCAAGGGCUGUGCCAUGUGCGUGCUCUACAACUACCUCUUCCUGGCUGGGGGUAUCCUGGAAGGUGGGUCCGAGGGGCGCGCCCGCCUUUCGGACAAGGUGUUCUGCUACAACCCGGUGACCGACACCUGGAGCACGUUGCGGCCCUUGGGUCAGGCUCGCUCGCAGCUCAAACUGCUGGCCCUGGACGGCUACCUGUACGCCGUGGGCGGCGAGUGCUUGUUCAGCGUGGAGCGCUACGACCCGCGCACCGACCGCUGGACUGCCGUGGCCCCACUGCCGAAGGGCGCCUUCGCCGUGGCCCAUGAAGCCACUACCUGCAACGGGGAAAUUUACGUGUCCGGGGGGUCACUCUUCUAUCGUCUGCUUAAGUACGACCCCCGGCGAGACGAAUGGCAGGAGUGCCCGUGCAGUAGUAGCCGCAAGCGGUCGGCCGACAUGGUGGCCCUGAAGGGCUUCAUUUAUCGCUUCGACCUUUGCGGGGGCAGGGGCGACCUCCAAGCGGUGGCUGGGGCGAGCGGAGGGGUCAACGUCUUUCGCUACCACUGCCUGGCCAAGCAGUGGAGUCAGUGCGCCUCGAACCUGCGGCCCCCGGGCGGACUCUCGGGCCUGCAGCCCUUCCGUUGUGCGGCGCUAGAAGGCACCAUUUACUGUGUGAACCGCGCGGGCACCUGGCGCUUCGUCUUCUCCCAGGAAAGCGAGCCCGGCGAGGACGGGGGCCAAAGGGGCUGCUUCGAGCCAGAGUUACUUAAAGCCCCCUUCGACGCCCGAGGCGUGCUCUUCCCGUUCGUGCUCACCUUGCCCGAGAAGCUGGACAAAGCGGAGCAGGGGACCGCGUAGGGGGUGGGGCCGGGGCCAACCAGGCAUGGCCCUCGGGCAGCUCUGGGAAGAAGGAAAUGACCCAGGUGGGCUGACUGACAUCCCAAAGUGGGGAGGGGAGGGUGAGGUGGAGUAGCGGAGGGAGAGAGUGUGGGAUGGGCGCCCGCUGGCAAUGCUGAAUCCUUUAAACGCUUUGAAGUUAGAAGCUUGUCCUGGGACCUUGAAGGCGUUUUAUUUUUGCAAUACUAUUCUUAGAUGUGCGUCCCUAUUCUGCUUUCCUUUUUGCUUCACUUUGCUUAAUGAGAUGUAGGAGGUGUUCAAGUAGAUGACCUUACAAAUAAGAAAACAGGAUACCGAAGGGAGAAAAAAAUGGAAUCAAAAGAUUAAGCUGCAGUGGGUACAAAGGUAUACUCGGGCUUCUGAGGGAACUGAGAGGCCUGAUCUGAGUUUUGAAGAAUACAAUUGCUUGCCAUGUGAUUAGAAUGCUGUGCAGGAACCUUUGGGUUACCACGGAUAGAUUCAGGGCCACAAACUAGGACAACGUGAACUAUUAGGAGAACCACUAAAAGAAGGUCACUUUGUGUGUUUUUUUUUGUUUUUUGUUUUUUUUUUGGCUGAAGGUUUAAAAUUAUAACUGAUAAGCAAAGCUCUUAAAACUUUUUAAACUUAGGCAAAAAGUUCAUGUUACUACAUUUUCAAGUUGGAUUGACUUAACUUCAAAAUAGUAAUUUAUGAUUCAGUAAGCAUUAAAGGUAAAAUCUUUGAUUACCUGAAUUUCAUUUCUUGUCCAAUAGGCAUUGAAAGUAUUUCUUCUGUCAUACCACAGAUUACCCAGAUGAGGUGAAACACACACACACAUUGAGAACUGCUUUAUCUCACUGUUUCACUGACAUUGAUUUAAUAUUUCCAAGUGAAAGGAUAUUAAUUAUGGUCAUUGACAUAAUGAUGAUUUACUAUUCUUUGAAUUUAAGAUCUUUGGUGAGUGUGUUUACCAAAGAGUAUAUCUUUAAUACUUGAAACUUCCUGACAAGGGCAGUUGUCCAUUUUUAAAGGAACCUUUGAUAGCCAACUAAAUAUACUCAACAGCUUUCAUAUUUUAUAGUGGGCGGAAAGAGAAUGUUAUUCCUAAAACGAAGAAGUAACAAAAAGGUUAAAAUCUUUUCCUUUUAACAGUUCUAAAGGCAAAUGUGCAACAAUCCUCUCAGGCACAUUUUGAACCUACUACUUACAAUGUUUUAAAUAUGUAUUAUGUAACCAUGAUGAAGGAAAUUACUUUUUACAAGCAUCAAUCUAAGAAAAUGUGGCAGAGUGACAAGGGUAUAUUAACAUAAGGGGAAAUAUAAGUUUUUAAGGUAGUUUAACACAUAAAAUAUAUUUAUCUGAUUGUGAAUUCCAAAAUACCCUAAUAGAAUUAACACGAGACUCACUACUUUAGCAGGAUGCAAGGAUUAAAAACAAAUUGACCUUGAUCUCUCCUCAUUUGUUAUAGUUUACUUUUCAAAUAUGUACAGGACAGACUUACUAUUUAUUAAGAGUUUGAGGAUAAAAUAUGUGCUCACAAUCAGAGGCAAAAUUAUUUGGAUUCUGAGUCCAAUAUGGUUUCUUAUUUUAUUACGAAAAGUGUACAUUUAAAGUUACUGAAACAUAACUGGAUGAAAUCAUGCAUACCUUAAUAUUAUUUGCUUGUUAAUCCAGAGAUCAGAGUUGUCAUCUUCUUAGAAAACAGUGGAUAAUUUGGAAAUAAGUUAUGCUUUUUGAGAGUAUGUGGUUAUGACAGGUACUAAUUAAGUGUAGUUAGAAAUGAUCAGCUUGAACCUUAUGCAUGUCCCAAAGGCAUGGAAUUUACAAUUUCAGUUAGAAUGUAUUCUGUUGACUUUUAUGCUUGUGAAUGAUUACUCAUGAACUGCAAGAGGAUGCCUUGGCAACUUGGUUAAUCAUCUAGAAAAGAAAAGCAGACUUCAUAUUGCCUGACUGUAUUGGUCAUUUAUAGGAGUUUACUGAAGGAAUUGUGGUAGGAAAAAAUACUUUUAGCACAAGGAAACAAAUAAUGUUCUUUUUAAGAAAUGUAUAUUUCAUGGUAUUGUACAUUUUCUCUAGAAUGUUAUUAUUUAUGCUAAAAUUUUGAUAUGAAGUGGAACCAUGCCAAUAUUUUCAUUCCUUAAAUAUCAAAUUCAUAAAGUACUAUCACUGUGAUUUUACUUGGGAAACCAAAACAUAAUAACUGAAAAAUAUUAUUUUUGCUGUUUAAAAAUUAAAUGUUGAAAUCUGACUUCUAAAGUUAAAUCAUUGCCAUAAGAGGAUAUCAGGUGUGUUAAGAUGUUAGAUGUGGGCAGUCAAAUGAUAACAUGCCUGGUUGGAGUUUCUGUGUAUUAUUUUAUCAUUUCAUUUAAUAAAGAAAUAUCUGUACUAGGUAUAGUAUCACUUCCUCUGGGUGUUGGCAGUGGAAUCCCAGGGUUUUUCAUUAUCUUGUCAAAACUAAAUAGACAAGGAAACCUAAAGGGUAACUGAAAGGAUUAAUAUCAUUGAUGUCUAGCCAACCUCUUUUAAAAACAUGUAGAAUGUUAUGUACCAUAUACCCAAAUAAUGAUAUUACAUUCAGGCAAAUACUAGAGGACCUGACAUACAUGAAGACCAAUUUAUUUUGCUUUUGGAAGCCAGUACCUGGAGCGUGGAGCCAUAAGAGUUUGUACCAAUUAAACAAACAGAAAAGCCACACCCUCCAAGAGCUUUGAUUUGGGCAGGGUUUGCCACUCAUUGCUGAGACUUACCUCUAGAGGCCUGAGGCUCCAGGACAGAAUUUUCAUUUUCAGUCUGGUGUUCUAAUUUAGAAAAACAGAUGGUGCAAAAAAUAUUCCUGAUCAUCGAUCAGUUAAGAGAUUCAACCGAGGCUAAUGCACUUACGACAUCCAUCCAUAAUUCUCAUAGAAUUAAGCAACUCAUAUACUCUGACAUUUCCAAAUAUUUGAUAGAGCUGUUGUAUUUUAUGGGGAAAAUAUGAUAUACAUGAAAGCUUGAUCUUUUGGUUAGUUGACAACUAAUGACUUUUGUCUUGUUAAUUACUUUUUAUUUGGAACACAAAGGAACUAGCUUAGGAUUUCAUUUUCUCUGUUUUUAUUCUUAGUGUUGGGAACAACUCCCCCAAACCUAGCGUUAACUCUUGGCAGAUUUAUGGAGAUUGGUUUUGGAGUUGUUUUCUGAGUCUAUGGUGACACAUUUCUUUUCCUUAAUGAAAAAGAAUGCUACGGAGAUUAUUUUGUUACUUAGGUAAAAGUAACCUGCAUCUUACCUGCAUCAGUUUUGCUACAAAUACUUAAGUAGGAAAUGAAUCAUCUGCUUCAUUUCUGUUCAUUUCUGAGUGUCACUAGUAAUUCCAGUAGUAGUCAUUUAAUCUACUGGUCUCUUAAUUAACACUUUAAAAAUUUAAACUCAUUUAAAUUGAAUGUUUUUGAGGUCCUUUUGCCUCUUCUUAAAGUCAAGAUAGAGUCAAGACAUAAUCUAUUGUAACAUCUUAGUAGAGUAACAUAAACAAAAACGUUCUAUUGUGUUCUGUCUUAUUUUAGAUGCUUUCCUAGCUUAUAAAAAAUUUUAUUUGGGGUUUUAAAAUUCAAUUUUCUUAUUUUUCCCCUUUCCUCUGCAUUACCUUUGUUCAUGAAAAGAUAACGAUGUGAGCUAAAAAUUGAAAUGUGCAAAUGUUUUAGUUGCAUCAGAGUUUAUUGCACUAGCCACACUACACUUUUUUUUUCCACAUCCAGGAAUAAGCCUGGACCAUGCAGCAGUCAAGCAUCUUGUGAGGAGCUGGCAUGAGGCAGGUGCUUUAUAAUGCUUAAUGAAUUGGUUUAAAUUGAUUUGAAAUAAAAAGCUAGAUAUGUUCUAAUGUGAGGUUAAAGCUCCUUCAACACUUUUUAAAACUCUUAAUAGUAUUCAAAUGUUGCCAUUUAUUAAAGACAAACUCUACCUGCUUAAGGCACAGUUCAGGCCAGCUAUUCUAUGUGUAGUUAAUGUGUUUAUUAACACUUGAGUUUUAUAAUCCUAGGCAUAUAUACUGUAAAACCAUAUAUGUAUGUCAACUUAUGCUGAGAUGAAAUAAAUAUGUGGAAAAUAUCA